AUCGUCCAUUUCUUCCCUCAGUUUGUUUGAGUUAAGUCUUCUGUUUCUUGCAGCUGAAAUGGUGGACUCUUACUGUCAUCGUUUUGAUGGGGAAGUGACACCUGAGAGAUGAGCGACCUGCCCAAGGUCUUGCAGUUUUUAAGUGGCGGUGAUGGAGCUGCAUCCCACGGCGCCCAGGAGGACGUACCCCCAGUUCUUCCGGUGUGCCAGGCCCGGGGCUGAGCCGCACGCCGGCCCGCGGCUCAUCCGCUGCCGCCUCUCACUGGCCCUGGGCUCUCCCACAUCUGAAUCUCUACCUGGAACACACUCCGUGCCCCGCCUCUGUCUGGCAGCAUUUACUUACCUUUCGAAUCUUGGAUCCAUGGCACAUCCUUCUGGAAGCCUUCGAUACCACACCCAGAAAUUCCAGAUAAUGAUCUAUUUCAUAUGUGCCUUCCAGAACAUUGCUUGUGGUAUCCACUACUUGGCUUCUGUGUUCUUGGUACUUACCCCAGAUCAUACCUGCAAACCCCCAGGCAAUGUGAGUCGGGUUCUUUUCCAGAAUUUCUCUCAUUGGAGGUUGGAGGACACCUGGUCACUGGUGCCUCUAGGCCCGAAAGAUCACAUUAUAGUGCAACUGCAAGAUGGUGAAAUCUGGGAGCUCUCAAUGUGUAACAGGAUGAAGAGGGAGAACAUGUCGAGUUUGAAUUAUGAAUACAGUGGCAGUAAGACAAAAUAUUCUUGUAUGGAUGGCUACAUAUAUGACCAGAGAAAGUGGAAAAGCACCGUGGUGACCGAGUGGAAUCUGGUCUGUGAUCGAAAAUGGUUCGCAGCACUGGUCCAGCCCCUAUUUAUGGUUGGGGUCCUGAUAGGAGCAGCAGUUUUUGGCUACAUUUCUGACAGGCUAGGACGACGUGUUGUCCUGUGGUCCACAAGCGCUGGCAUAUUUUUGUUUGGAAUAGCAUCGGCAUUUGCAAGUGAUUAUUACAGCUUUAUGGUUGCACGCUUUUUUCUUGCCAUGGGGGAAGAGCUUGUGAUGUUGCUAACUGCAGAGCAGCAGGAUGGAGGAUCAGAGAGAAGCCAAAGGACUUCAAUCUCAAAAGAGAUCGCUCGCUGCUCCACCUCAGAGAAUAAGGCUGCAAGUGGUUAUCUCGUGGUGGUGUUUGUCUAUGUCAUGGAAUUUGUCGGAAUGAAGUUUCGGAUGUGGGCCUCUAUCCAGUUGCAUUCCUUUUUUGCGAUUGGAACAAUGGUGGUGGCUUUAACAGGCUACUCAGUCAGGAUCUGGUGGCUUUAUCAGAUGAUCCUCUCCACAGUGACUGUCCCCUUCAUCCUUUGUUGUUGGAUGCUCCCAGAGACACCUUUUUGGCUUCUCUCAGGGGGAAAAUACAAAGAAGCACAACAAAUAGUUGAUAUGAUGGCCGAGUGGAAUGGAAAGAGCUCCUGUAAACUGUCAGAACUUUUUUCACUCGAUCUAACAGAGCCUGUUGGUGAUAGUAGUCCCCCUAGAAUUAAGAUGAACAGCAUAUAUUAUCUGUUUUAUGACUGUAAUGUUGCAACAAGGACGCUUAUUGUUUGGAUGAUUUGGUUCACAGGGAGUUUGGGAUUCUACUCCCUGUCCUUGAAUUCUCUUAAUUUAGGAGGCAAUGAAUACUUAAACCUCUUCCUCCUGGGUGCAGUGGAAAUUCCUGCCUAUAUCUUUGUGUGCAUCGGGAUGAACAGGGUGGGGAGAAAAGCAGUUCUGGCCUUCUCCCUUUUCUUCAGCGCACUGUCCUGUGGGGUGAUUAUGGUGAUCCCCCAGAGUUUUCAGAUGCGGCGUGUGGUGGCAACUAUGGCUGCAAAAUUUGCCAUAGGGGCAGUGUUUGGCAUUAUUUAUCUUUAUACAGCUGAGCUGUACCCAACCAUUGUAAGGUCUCUGGCCGUGGGGAGUGGCAGCAUGGUGUGCCGCCUGGCAAGCAUCUUGGCCCCGUUCUUCGUCUACCUCAGCAGCCAGUGGAUCUUCCUACCGCAGUUAUUAGUUGGGAUUACAUCCUUUAUAAGUGGAGUGCUAGCACUACAUCUUCCAGAAACUCGCGGGAAGCCGCUGGUAAUGACUUGGGAGGAGGCUGCAAAACUGGAGUCAGAAAAUGAUGAAAGUUCAAGUAAAUUACCUUCCACAACUAGUAAUAUUGCGUUGUAAAAAACAGAAGAGAUUAACCCCAGGGAUUCUAGUCCUGGUGAAUAAAUGUGCCAUAUGUGCUGUCUAGCACCUGAGAUACUGUUUAUGUUAAUGCCUUUGUAUUAUAGGAGUCUUAUUCUCAUUUCCUGCAUGUUGUUUAUGUGUCUUUUAAAAAAAAUUUGUAAGAAA